ACCAAAAACUGCACACCAUGGCACAUUUUGGGAAAUCAUCGAGCAGGUACCUGAACAGCUGGAUUACUUUUUCAAAGCCAGUGCUGUGACUGAGGAUGCACAGAAGAGUUCUGUCUUAUUGAGUGUACGUGGUUGUGCCAGUUUUUCACUUUAAAAGGCUCCAAAAUACCUUGAUGGCAUGUCUUAUGAAGAAAUUACAGAGAUUAUGAUGAAUCAUGAUGAAACUAAACUUUGUAUAGCGGUUUAUAUUUAAAUCCUGCACUGGAGCACAAGGUGAUUCAAUUGUCACGUUCAUUCCAGUGCUUAAGCACCUAGCAUCCACUUGUUCAUCUGUAACUCUUUUAGAUUACAUGCUGCGAGACCAACUGGUGUGGGGGAUUGAGGACAUCCGUAUUCAAUGCCGCUUGUUAGCCAUACCAUGCCUUUGUAAUGGAAUCAAGGGGUGAAAAUGGAAAAUGGAAUCAAGGGGUGAAAGAUCUCAAACAUAGUACCCAAGUCUAACUAGCCUCAGGAUGGACACUUCACCAGACAGCACCCAAAUCCAGGAAGGAAGGAACAUUGUAAUCUUGCACUGCAAUACCUACAGAGAAGCCUUGCUUCCGCAGUGGAGACAGCCAUCACCCACAGACCAUGCUACAGUAUGGCACAGCAGUGGGUGGUCAAAUGAAGUUUUAUGGGAUAAACUUAGUUUUUCCUUUAUCUUCUGCCCAAUGCCUUUCCCUAGGGUGUUAGUGACUGAUCUCCAUACUAACAUCGUGUGAGUGGAAGAACAUUUUGUGUGCACAACAAAGGAGGAUCACACAACGCUCAGAGACAUAAUUACAGGAGGCACAGAGGGUAUCAGAGGAUUUUGGUUGCCUAUCCAGCUCCCUUUGGAGACAUUUAGGAGCUGAGUGCCUAAAGCGCUGAUUAUGAAUUCGUUUGCAUACUCAAGGAUAAGGAGAAAUACCUGGAGAGAGGACAUAAUUCUGAAAAAUGUAUUAUUCUCAUUUGUUAACAGACACUGACGGUUCAUUUCAUGGGGUGGAGUUUCUGCCAGAAGAUUUCAGAGACGCUCCCAAUGAAGCAACAAUGAGGUUGGAUGAAAAAUACUCCUCGCUGCCUGUUGAGGAGAAGGGGAUCCACAUUAUCAACAUCAGAGCUAUUGAAGAUAUAGGAUAUGUACGCACAGAAAGCACACUAUUAAAUUCAUUCUCACAAGAUCCAGAUGCCAACUGCAAAUAUGGACUUUAUUUUAGAGAUGGGAAAAGGAAAGUGGAUUAUAUCCUUGUUUACCACUACAAGAAGUCCUCUUUCAGCAGAACACUUACCAGACGAAUCCACUUCAAUGACUCGGGGCCUCGAAGCAUCAAACAAGAUCAGCCACUUCCAGGGAAAGGAGGCCAGGUUAACAUGGAAGAAAAUGAACACCACAUAGACUACCAUGAAGAUGACAAGAGAUUCCGCAGAGAAGAGUAUGAAAGCAAUCUUAUGCAGACGGGCCUUGAGUUGGAAAGAGAUGAAGAUACUAAAAUACAUGGACUUGGAUUUGUGAAAAUACAUGCACCAUGGAAUGUUUUAUGCCGGGAAGCAGAAUUUAUGAAACUGAAGAUGCCCACAAAAAAGAUAUACCAAAUUCAUCAGCCACAUGGUCUUCUGAAGAAAAUUAAUUCUGUAAUUCAAAAAAUAACAGAGCCUAUCCAACCGAAAGUGGCAGAACACAAACACCAGACAGUGAAACGCCUCUCCUACCCUUUCUCCAGGGAGAAACAACACUUAUUUGACUUGUCUGACAGAGAUUCAUUUUUUGACAGCAAAACUAGAAGCACCAUAGUUUAUGAAAUAUUGAAAAGAACUACUUGCACCAAAGCCAAAUACAGCAUGGGGAUCACCAGUCUGCUUGCCAAUGGCGUUUACAGUGCUGCAUAUCCUUUGCAUGAUGGUGACUAUGAAGGAGAACAUGUGGAACACAAUGACAGAAAACUCCUGUGUGAAGAGUGGGCAAGCUAUGGAGUCUUUUAUAAGUACCAGCCAAUUGACCUAGUGAGAAAGUACUUUGGUGAGAAGAUUGGAUUGUAUUUUGCCUGGCUGGGAGUUUAUACACAAAUGCUUAUCCCAGCUUCCAUUGUGGGGAUUAUCGUGUUCCUUUAUGGCUGUGCAACGGUGGAUGAGAAUAUACCAAGCAUGGAGAUGUGUGACCAGAGAAACAAUAUCACCAUGUGUCCCUUAUGCGACAGAACAUGCAGCUAUUGGAAACUGAGUUCUGCUUGUGCCACAGCUCGAGCAAGCCAUCUAUUUGAUAACCCAGCAACUGUGUUCUUCUCUGUCUUCAUGGCUCUGUGGGCUGCCACAUUCAUGGAACACUGGAAGAGAAAACAGAUGCGCCUGAACUACAGAUGGGAUCUGACUGGGUUUGAAGAAGAGGAAGAGGCAGUCAAGGAUCAUCCAAGGGCUGAGUAUGAAGCUAAAGUAUUAGAAAAAUCACUACGGAAGGAGUUCAGAAAUAAAGAGAAGGGCCAGCAAUUGCCAGAAGAGGCAGCAAACAAAUGGCGACAAAGAGUUAAGAGAGUCAUGGCUGGGGUGAAAUUGACUGAAAAAGAAAAGCUGACAUGGAAAGAUCGCUUUCCAGCAUACUUCACCAAUUUUGUGAGCAUUAUUUUCAUGAUUGGGCUGACGUUUGCAAUUGUUUUUGGAGUAAUCAUAUACCGGAUCUCCACUGCAGCAGCUUUAGCCAUCAGUUCAUCUCCAGCUGGUCGGUCUAAUAUUAGAGUAACUGUCACUGCGACUGCAGUGAUUAUUAAUCUGGUGGUAAUAAUAAUCUUGGAUGAAGUAUAUGGCUGCAUAGCCAGAUGGCUGACACAGAUUGAGGUUCCAAAAACAGACAAGAGUUUUGAAGAACGUCUGAUCUUCAAGGCCUUCCUUCUGAAAUUUGUCAAUGCCUACACUCCCAUUUUCUAUGUUGCUUUCUUUAAGGGCCGAUUUGUUGGACGCCCCGGAAACUACGUCUACAUUUUUCAUUCUUUCCGAAUGGAAGAGUGUGCUCCUGGUGGUUGCCUAAUGGAAUUGUGUAUACAGCUUAGCAUUAUUAUGUUGGGCAAACAACUGAUUCAAAAUAAUCUUUUUGAGAUUGGCAUCCCAAAAAUGAAAAAAUUAAUACGAUACUUGAAACUGAAACGACGACGCCCUGUUGACCAUGAGGAGCAUUUGAAGAAAAAGCAACGCUAUGAAGUUGACUACAAUCUGGAACCUUUUGCUGGCCUUACUCCAGAAUACAUGGAAAUGAUCAUCCAGUUUGGGUUUGUAACCCUCUUUGUUGCAUCCUUCCCACUGGCUCCCUUGUUUGCACUGCUGAACAACAUAAUUGAAAUACGUCUGGAUGCAAAGAAGUUUGUUACUGAACUUAGGAGGCCAGUGGCAGUUAGAGCAAAAGAUAUAGGAAUAUGGUAUAAUAUCCUCAGAGCUGUAGGAAAACUUGCUGUAAUAAUAAAUGCAUUUGUGAUCUCAUUCACAUCUGACUUCAUUCCACGCCUCGUGUACCUAUAUAUGUACAGUGAGAGUGGCACCAUGCAUGGCUUCGUGAACCAUACACUAUCCUAUUUUAAUGUCAGCGAUUUUCAAGAAGGAACAGCUCCAAAUGACGCUAUGGAGCUUGGCUACCCAGUCCAAAUAUGCAGAUACAAAGAUUAUCGAGAACCACCAUGGUCUGAAACGAAAUAUGAUAUUGCAAAGGAUUUUUGGGCUGUGCUAGCAGCAAGAUUAGCAUUUGUAAUAGUUUUCCAGAACUUGGUCAUGUUUAUGAGUGACAUUGUGGACUGGAUUAUCCCAGACAUUCCCAAGGACAUUAGUCAGCAAAUCCAUAAGGAAAAAGUUCUGAUGGUGGAGGUCUUCAUGAAAGAAGAGCAGGGAAAGCUGCAGCUGCUAGAAACCUGGAGGGACAAGGACAAAAAGAAAGGUGAAAACUGUAACCACAGCCCCAGAUCAUCAGUAAGCCACAGAGGGAGUGUGUCUUCCUGCCAUUCAUGCCAUGUUGAAGUGUAAAAAAGGACGUCGUUUUCUGCUGGGGCAUUCCAUUCAUAAACAAGCCAUUACUUAAAAGAUAGGACUUGAUUCUUUAACAACCUGGUGCAUGUUUAAGCAUAUGCAACCAUUUCACUUAUAUCUACGUGAGAAAUAAUGUUCUUACAAAAAUGGAGGACCAUAUUCUGUUUCUAACAAGAUUUUUUUUUUUUUUUGGCACAAGAAGUAAUACAGGGAUUUUUUUACAUAUAUAUAUUUCAAGAUUAGUUAAUAACGAUCACUGUUUUUAUUUCUUUUUUAAAGCAGACAGGAUUCUGUAGGCUGUACUCUUAGAAUUUUACUUUAGCUUAUUUAUUGAGAAAUGACAGAAAGUAAAACAAAUUACGAGUAUUUUAAUCAUUGGGCACUCCAUUCCUGAUAAGCUGUAUGGGGGCUCUUACAAUAUGCAAAACCAAAUAAGCAAUGUACUCUGCUUGCAAAGCUGUGGCAGAAACAUUCUGGAUUUAAAUCUGUUGAGUAUUUUGCAAGCAUAAAUCCUGUUGAGUUUCCUUGCCUAUAUGUGCUGAAUAAUAUCAUAUUUUCUCUUACGUAAAACAGUGGCAGAAUGAUUUUCUCUCCCAUCUGGGGCUCUCUCACCUUGGCAGAAUUCAUCACUUCAGCUGCACUAAUUCAUUAUAAUGAACAAAAUGGUCAGAGAAUAGAAUCAUUGUUACCUUUAUCCCAGCACUACUGAGAGCAGUUCAUUUGAAGAACUUUCAUUUCUUCUUGCGUAAGAGAUGGACAAUUUGUGGAAGGGUAUUCAGAUUAGUCCUACACAGCGUCUCGUGCACAUUCCAGAGGGGGUCCAGAGGACAAGAAAGACUAUUAGUAACAGCACAAUUUCCCCAAGCACUGAAGAGCCUUAUUAAAAUAUGCCCUGAAUUGAAGAGCACACACAGAGCUACACGACUUGCACUGCCCACCACAAACCUGUAAACCUUGUUGUUGAAGGAAUAUACUAAGUAAAUAUAUUCCUUAGGCAGUUAUGCUCAGAUGUCAUCCUUGGUCAGUAGAGCCAAACAUCCCAUCUUUUAGGCUAUCCUGUACCUAAAAAUAUCUUUAGAUUCAUUAACCAGACCACCAUAGCUCACAACAUUCUACAGUUCAUCUGUUAUAACCCACAUUUCAUCAGUUAUAACCCACAGUCCUAAUCCCUGCUAAAUUCCUUCAUAUUUUGGCCCCUUAUUCCUUCUCUAAUUCCUUCCUUUGUCUCUUGGCCCCUCAGUCAUAUCUUACACAUUCACACAAAAAUGAUCAAAGGGAUGAAUACCUUCCCGAUGAGCAUUUGGGGCAAAUAAUAGGAGAUAUGAGAGAGAUGUAAACCAUUUUAGAUGAUCCAGCGACAGUCAGAGAGACAUUUUUCAGAAUUAGAAAUUUAUACAGAAUUUGUAAUUCUGUAACUCAGACCCUGCCUGCCCCCACAAUGAAAUUAAUCAGCAGUAGGUUCAGCACAGACCCAAGGAAGUAUUAUUCUAUGCAGCACAUAAUUAAUUCCAGAACUUAAUACUUCAAGAUGUAGUGAUGUAGGAAGAGUCAAACUACAUAAUCCGAGUGUAUGAUCAGUGCUUACAUGCAUUGUUACACCAAAGAGCAGCCAUGGGGGCUUUAUCAGCCAUGCUGAUCCAGAAGGAGGCUUUAACCCUUUGCCUAAUUCCUGUUCUGAAUACCACCAACUCCCACCCAUGGCUGCUGUUUCUCCUUUAAAAAAAGAACUCCCAUUGGCACUAAUGGGUCUGAGCAGCUACUAUACAGCAUUUAAAAAUGCACACAAGUGCUAAUUGUGUGUUUGUUGUAACAUGCAGUUUGAAGCUAUAAGCCAUGUUAACUAAAUGGAACUUCCAUGUUCAGAGGCAGUAUAUAGUACACCUGAAUAACAGAUGCUGGGGACGUGCAAUAGUGAGCGCUGUUGCUUUAUGCCCUGGUUGUAGGCUUCUGGUUAGAGGCAUCUGGUUGACUAUAGUUAGAGCCAGGAUGUUGGACUAGAUCCCUUUUCAGGUAUAAGAAAACAUAGGGAUCUAUACUCUCAUAAAGCUUUCCGAGUGUGCUCUGAUGUUCUGCCACCAUGCUGACAGGAUAAGGAGCUCCAUCCCCUACUUUCUACUGUUUGUUUGCAUUUGCUUGAAGAGACAAACACACUACACACAAGUAUAUAGAUUUGUCUCAUGACUGGAAAAAAAUCUAGCAUUUCAAUCAUGGGAAGAAUCUGUCAUGAAUACAGUGUUUAUCUCUGCAGACAUACACUGUAACUGUGGACAGGGGCAGCAGAGCAUGCCCUUAGGAGAUGCUAUACAUGAGUACAGCAUCCCUGCCUUUUGUAAUACCUGAACAGGACUUGGAUGGAUUCUUCAUCUAACCCAGCCAGGAGUCUUUCUAUGUUCCAAAUAAUUGCUUCCUCAUUCAUGUUUUGGGGGCACCUGAAGAAUCUGUAUAAAAGAAAGAUAUGUCCGCUUCUGGCAACUGGGACCUUUUGUCUUUUUAAAUUUUAUUUAUUUUUUCCUAAUCGCAUUUAUACUGAAUUGAAAAUAAUCAUUUGAAAUGAUUCAAUACAAUUAAGAACCAUUACAGUUGUCUUCAGGAGAGGUCAUCACCAGUGGCUGGGCUUCUGAGAGAACUGCUAAUGAAAAAGGGACCCACUGUGGCUCCUGGUUUGAUCUUGGCUUUGCAUUUCUUUUUGUCUUUGGGCGAGCUAGAAUUUAAAGCCCUUCACUGACACCAAGCAUGCUUUGGCGGGUUAGCAGAGGAGCUGAGAAAAAGGUGGGUACAGUUGGUUACUCCCUGGCAACUCAGAAGGCAACAGGAGAAGCAAAUGAAACUAGGGAAUGGGGAGGGAGGAGUGAAAAUGAGAGGCCAAAAGGCUAACAGGGAUCAGCAAGUGAACGAAUGCAGGAGAGUGUUUGGCCAGUCAAGGCGAAGGAUGGAAAACACACCAGAUGGAGUUGAGAGUGAUGCCUCUCUACAAAUACAUUAGAGAUUUUAGUAUUGGGGUAUCCCUGGAGAGAGCUGGAUCCUCUUUUUUUAAAAAAAAAAAAACCAGGAGUAAGAUCAAGAUUACCUUUAGCGCUUUAGUGGGGGCAAUAGCAUGUCCCUAGUACCACAUCACUUUUUGAAUUAGGCAUUUCCACCUCUAGUGAUUAUGUGGUGGAGUUCUCUUAAAAUAUUCUAGUUCCUUAGGUCCUUUGACAUAUAAAGCAACACCACCCCAAUACACCCUUCCCUGACUUUUCUAUAGAUUUUAUUUUCAAGAAUAAUAGGAUCUCACUGUCUAAUUGGAUCCUACUGAUUCUCGCCAUUCCAGCAGGCUUUUGAUAUAGCCUGUAUAUCUGUUUUAUUUUAGCACCAUCCACCCCAACUUCCUUUUGGUGUAUGGGAUUCUAGCCUCAGUAAAACACAUGCAUAUAUCUUGCAUCUUUCUCCAAAUGUCCUUUUUGUGUGCAUUUCUCUUUCUGCAGAAAGAAGUUGUCCAGUUUGCAUAUGCAAAUAUACCAUAAGACUUACUACAACAGCACACAAUUGCUUGUAUAUGGCAGCAUCACUAUCUAGGCAAACCAGAAACCAACCCUUAGCUCAGAAAGCCUCUUACAUUUUGUAUGAGGCUAUGGUUAACUAAGUACAAAAUAGUCAUGUCUUUCAUCAAAUCUGAAGGGCACACAACUAUACAACUGAAUGCAUGCUUCUUUAAAAUUCUUGUAAGCAGCAGCUAUGAAAGGAUCUGGUCAAUAUUUAUUCCCUUGAGACUUGAUAACAACAAUAUCCUGCAUUUAAAUAGUACUUCCGAAUAUUCAGAAUGCUUCACUCACAUUAGAUUCAAGUUGAAAAACUUGAUGGAAAGCGAGUUUAUUUUGUACGCAGUUAUUUGUGCCCAAAUACAAAACGUAAAGCCGCAACUGGCCCUCAAGUGUUUUUUAUAGUAGUUACCAUGUACCAAUUCCUGCUUCAUAGCAACUGAAGGGCUAACCUUUCAUUCUCUCUGGCAGUAUCCAGUUCCUGGGAGGGGGAAGGAGAAAACUGGGGAAAUCAACUUUGUAGUUGCCAAGCAACUAUCAUAUCCUCUCCCUUGCUAUUUCCACGCAUUUGGCAAAUGGCACCAGUAACAGGGACCGGACAGCUAAGGCACAUGGCAACAUUCUUUCCAUUAUCACUACAGAGGGAACGUAACCCAGAAGGAGAAUCUCACUUGAAAGUCACCGAGACCACCUUUGUCAGGAUCCUAGUGUCAGGCCUGGUACAUAAAUGAAGAGAACAUAAGACAAGAGUUUUUGAUUGCUGUGCACAAAUACUGUAUAGUGUUAUAGACAGAAAAGCCCAGUGAUGCAGGACACCCAGAUAGAAAUAGUUAGGGGAAAAAUAGCAGGCUCAAGAGAAUAUUCUUCUUUAAACAUAUAUAGAUAUAUUUGCUCUGUCUAAAAUGAAGUUUGGAAUAUAUAUCAAGUUCAAACAUAUAUUCAAAUUCAGUGAAUCAGAACCAGAGGGAGUAGGCACCAUGGGCAGACUCCCAGUUCUGACAUGCACACAGUGAAAAGCCUUUUGUGGGGUAUCUGUAUAUUCCUGACAGUGCACCAGCUCUAUCUUACCUGCACGAUCUAAAGCCUUUUAGUGCAGUCCAUGGAAAUCUCAUGUACGGUAUAUUUUUAGUUUAAGAUCUGUCUGCUUGUGAACCGUAGCACAGAAUUAUCAUACACUGAAUUAUUUAUAUGUUGUAUAAGUUACAGAUGACAUUUAAUUUUCUUAGGGAGUGAAAUAAAACUUCAUUUCAUUCACAGCCUGCCGUAUAUGGCAAAUAUAUUGCAAGUUAACCUACUGUAUGGUUGUUAUAAAACCAAAUGUCCAAGAUUGUUAUAUUUCAAUGAAAAUCUUUUGCUGCAAAAUAAUUUAACAUAGAAGCAAACUCACUGCAUAGUUUUGUAAUAUUUAUUGGUUGCAAUACUGAGAAUGCAAUGAAUUUAAUUUUUUUAAAUAUAAUUUGUCCAAAAAAUGCUUUAUCUGGAAGUGAAUUAUGUUAACCAAAUAUUGUCCAAAUGUGUUUGAAAUCUCAAUCUAACCAAAGAUUGUUCUUAAUAAAGGGCUUAUUUUUAUUUAUAACUGCUUCUUAUAUUUUGAAUUGCAGGAAUGUCACUUUAAAAAAAAAACAACACAAAAACAUUCUUAGAACCUAUAUGCAAGGAUAUGGAUGUAAAUAUGCAAGCACUCAUGAUGUGGAUGUGGCCCAUCCAAGGACACUGAAUAAUGUGGAUGAAGGUCCACAUUCCCACCAUCUCUCGCUACAGAUUGGACGGCAGGUCCAUAUGGUAUUUGCAACACUGGCUGACAUGAUAAGGAACAUUAUAAGCGGCUAGGUAGGUGACUAGAAUGCAAGUGAAGAACUCAGCUCGAAUCUGACAGAACGCAGCAUAGGACACAUUUGAAAGCUUAUGUGGUAGUGGUGCAUGUAGCAAAAAAAGAUUUUAGUCUGUGCACAUUGCAUCCGCAGGUUCGCGUUCAGCAGAGCUAUCCCAGGUUCUGAGGAGUUUAAUUUCUGCUCCUUCUGCGUUAAACCAGUCCCCGGAAGCAUUCUGCAUUCUGCUGUGACACUUUUAAUGGGUUCUUUGUGGACAAAAUCUCCUAUAUUCAGGCCGAUUUGGGACUCCGCUACUUUUGCAGGGUCUAUAAAGGAGGUGUCCAGCAAUCCCUCUUGCAGUAUUAGAUUGGAUCAGUUUCAAUCUGUGACUCCUGAAGAUGUGGACAGGCUGCUUGGGGCGGUGUGGCCUACCACUUGUUCUCUGGAUCCUUGUCUGACUUGGCUGCUUCUGUCUAGCAGGGAGAUUGUUGGAGGUGGCCUAGUCAGUAUCAUAAAUGAAUUGCUGAGGGAGGGUAGGGUGCCUCCAUGUUUGAAGGAGGCAAUGGUUAGACCGCUUCCCUGGACUCCUUAAUGGAGAGUCCUUCCCUGGACUCCUUAAUGGAGAGUUAUAAGCCAGUCUGCAAUCUCCCUUGGUUGGGCAAGGUGAUUGAGAGGGUAGUGGCUGACCAGAAGGGCAGUAUAGAAAUCAAUCAAUCAAUCAAAUAAAUAAAUAAAAUUACUCAAAGCAGCCCCAUUGAAAUUAAAAGGACAUUAUGCAUUGCCUAAAUGCAUUUCAAUGGGACUACUUUGAGUAAUUCUUCCUCAUCAUGUCAGCCACUAUAUGCAGUUCUUUAGUGCAUAUCAUAAGUUGUGCACAACACCUGAACUGCAGUCGAAGUGUUUUGGAUUAGACUAGAAAGUUUUCUGGGUAUGCAUCAGAACUAGUUCUUGGCCUUUAAACUGCAAUGUUUUUGAUAUAAAUAAGACACCACCUAAAUUCUCACCUAAACCCCAGGUUGUGCUGGGACUGACCACAUGCAACAUCUAAAGUGCAGAGAUCCUUACAUAUAGCAGCAUGCACAGAAUCUCCUGCCAAACAGAUGGUCAGUGCUGUCAACUCUGACAGAGUUUGACCCUAUUGUUACAUCCAUAAGUUGUCAUUGUUUUAGGGUGUGCACAAACUUACAUAGUUUUAACAGUGAGCCUGCUGUGAAAAUGUGUUCACUGCAUUUUCAGCACAUAUACAACCUUCUUGCCUGGACAUAGCUCAGAGGAAACUGACUCUUCUUCAGGUUUUAUCAGAAGCCAAAUUUGCACAGCAUUGAUUGGCCAGUCCUUAUUUCAAUCAUGUUAGAAUUGUUUUAAAAACCAUUUAAAAACAAAGUGCUGAACUAGGCACGUAGGGAGCUUGCUGGAGGCUGUGGGACAAGGUCCCACCGAUGGCUCCCUUCUUCAUUGACUUCUGUGUGCAUGUUAGCAUGCGCAUGCCCAAGCCACGCCCCCUGCAUCCAAGUUAGAUACAGGGGGUAUGAUCUGUGCCAGGCCAGGCUUAUUUAGCCCCAUUGCAAAGUUUCCCCUCCUCAGUAAGCAAUUCAAUGAACUGCUGACUGGUGUGGGGAAACUUGGCAAUGGGGCUGAAUGGCCUGAUUGGGGCACUGACCAUGCUCUCUGCAUCCAAUGUAGAUGCGGUGGGAGUGGCCACUAGGGAGCCUUCCCAGCCAGUGUUUCAUUGGAAUGCUGGCUGGCUUGGUUUCCCCCCUCGCUGCCUUGCUAAAAGUGAGGGAGGGGGGGAAAGCCCCAAGCCAGACAGCGUUUCAAUGAAAUGCCAGCAGGGAAGGAGAGUGGUGUGCCUCAUGCAACCAGCUGGUGAACUCACCCGCUGGGUGCGGGAGGUGCAGGAACAGGGAGGGGGUACCCUGAGCGAGGAGGUGCCUUGGUAGUUCCCCCAGACCCUGGCAGCCGAGGGGCGCUCAUCCCCCCUGCUCCACUGGCCCACGCCCCUGUGCUUAACAAAUGUGUGGGCAGAUAAACACUUGAAACAAAACAAAGCCGACAGCCCUAUGGAGCUCAGGAGUGGAGAGAAUAUCACUGAAGGUCAAACUAGAUUUCACAAUAUAGAUACAUGAAUGUUGUGCAUAACUGGUCUUCCUAAGUGCUUUGGAGAGUGAUUUUCAUUGGGAAAAUGGUACAAAGGGACUGACUAGGGCCCCUCUUCUCCCACACUACAGUCCUGGCAUAGAUAACCCCACCAUCAUGGCUGCUAUUUGGAAAAGUAAUAUAAAAUAAGAGAUACUUUUGCACACUCUCAGUUGUAAAAUUCAGUUUGGUCUUCAGUCUAGAGGUUGUACAUGUGCUUGAGGGGCAAAAGUGGAGGAAAACGGAAGCCACCUCACAGCAGAACAACCCAUGUCUGCUUGCAAAUAUCUGGGUAUGUAACCUUUGAGUUGAAAGCGUUGACCACCUGUUCUCUGUGCAGGAGCUGGAUGCAUUCCCCACUCCCAUCCCACACAGGUAGGACCACAUUCAGAAAGGUAAUCCACACAUAGAAGCUUGUUGGAUUGGUACAUAUAAGGGGGAAAGUAAGAAAACCAAAUAAGUAAUAGCAUCUUGUUUUUAUGAACAAAAUGUAAUCCCUUUAUAAAUUACAUGUUCUUUUCUCUAGCUAGUUUACAUUACAGGAAAAUGUAUCCUAUCCGAUUAUACCCUAGUUAUUUUAACUAGAAAGCAGACUGAAUGUACAGAUCCACAGAAAAUAUAUAGUCCAUGUCAUGCUUUCUCAACCUGCAAUUUUAAAAGUACAUAGCCCAAUUUAGACAAAUAUUCUGAAAACAAAUAAUGGGAAAGAAAUUGUAAAGAAUUAUCUUAAUUUGUCGUUGGCCUGAUACUGACAUUCCUGUAACUAUUAAGACUAUAUACUUAUAAAUGUUCAUUAUUUUCUGAGAUCAUUAAAUAACAACAAAUGCAUAUACUUGUUUUAUAGUUUCUUUUGUAUUACAUUUUUUUGAAAAAGGGUUUUGUAUAUAAUACUAUAUUACCACCUAGAAAAUUAUAUAAUGCUCCUUUUCAUGGAUUCUUUUUUUAAGUAAAAGCAUAUAAAUCUC